AUGCAUUUAACAAAUAAACUGACAAAGAAUAUUUCCUUUUUCUGGCAUGCUCCAUUAUUUCAAACAAGAAAACUAACAACUUUCGCUUUAAGGAAAAAAUAUAUAUGGAAAAAUAAUACACACACAAAAAAAAAUGAUGAGAAAAAAAUUAUGACUUGUUCAGGUGAUUUCAUAGAAAAAAAAAAAAAAAAUUAUGAAUGGAAAAUUGAAAGGAAAGAAGAAGAAGAACAGGAUGAAGAGUGUUCUGAAAAUGACAUUGAAGUUAUGAAUAAAGAAGUAGCAUGUAAUAUUAAUAAUGAUAUUAAAAUUAAAGAGAAUAAUAAAAUAAAUGUGGAUGAUGAUAUAUCCGUAUGUGAUGAAUAUAAAUUUCUUUUUGAAAGACCAAAACAUUUUGCUCAUAUUGAUGAUGAGCCAAUUAUAAGAAGACCGGGAUGUAUUAUUGAUAUAAAAACAUUAUUAAGAAAUAAUUGGAGUUUUCCUGCUGUUGGUUUUAAUAGUAAAUUAGAAAUUCCGAUAUAUAAAUUUGAAGCAGAUGAAAACGAUGAUAAUAUAAAAUAUAUAAGUGUUCCGAACGAUAUUUUUGGAUUACCAAUAAGAUCAGAUAUAUUACAUAAAUGUUAUUAUUUUUAUAGGACGGCUCUAGCUGGUUAUACUGAAAGAAUGCAAUUAUAUAAAUGGGAAUGGCCAGGUAGUACUAAAAAAUAUCGAAGUCAAAAAAAGAGUGGUAAAGCAAGAAUGAAUUGGAGAAAAACAUGUGGUCGAUAUUUAGGUGUGAAAAAUCAUCCUAUAAGACCUUUUGAUCAAAAAACUAAUAUAAAUAGGAAAUUUUUAUGGAAAGGUAUGAAAAUAUUAUUAUCAGCAAAAUUUGCUCAAGAUCAAAUAAAAGUUGUUGAUAACUUUUUAAUUAAAUCUCAUAAAACCAAAUAUACUGUAAAAUAUUUAAGAAAUAUUCUAGGAAAGAAUUGUAAUAGUGCUUUACUAGUUCAUGAGGGGAAAACAGAUGUGAAUGAUAAUUUUUUAUGGGCAUGUGCUAAUAUAGCAAGUGUAAAAAGAGAAAAUGUAGAAGGAGUUAAUAUUUAUAAUUUAUUAAAAUAUAGAUAUGUUGUGUUCACAUAUAAAGCUUUAAAAAAUAUUAUAUACGAAUUAAAAAUUUAUCCAUAUAAAAUGAAAUGGCUACCUACCUAUGCAACUCCUAAUAAUACCCAAGCACCAAUACCAGAAAAAGUGAAAAACUGGAAUUUUUUAUGGUUAGAAAAAAAAAAAAGAAACAAUUUUUCUAAAUUUGAUAAAGAGACAUUAAAAAAAAGAAUUCAAGAAUGGAAAUGGUCAAGUGAUAUAAAAGGUGCUCUAAAAGUCAAAAAGCAUGAUCCAUAUAAAAAUUUUAUUCUCACGAAAUUUCAGUGUAAUGAUCCUGUACCAGAAUAUAUAAAAUAUGAAUAUUUAUUUAAUGUGGAUGAUGACCCUCAUGAGGAUAACGAUUAUGAGGAACACUUUCACAUGCUUGAUGAAAUAUUGAAUGAUGACGAGGAUUUAGCUGGUAUAUCAAGUUUGUCUUCUUUACGAGGAGGUUUAGAAAAGGGUGAUAACGUACAAUCUGAGCAACACUAUGAAGAUGAUAUAUACAAUGAUGAAGGUGUGAACGAUAUAAAUGCGGACGAAUUAGAAAACAUUAAUUUCGAAGAUACAAAGGAUUAA